GUUACAUAUAAAAUAUCGCCGCUAGUCUCGAAAUGACUAAAUAUUUUCAUUAAUACAAUAGAUUUGUAAGUAUGUGGUUUCCAUUGUCGGACAGUAUGGCUUUGGGUGCACUGUUUGGCCGGCUAGUUGCAGUCACAGACAGGAAUGAUACUUAUAUUUUUCAGACAUCACAAGCUAUUUUUGGUGCUGACAUUCCGAGCGAAGGGCUUACGGCUGUUAUGACCAUCGCUCAACCAUACGAUGCCUGUUCGCCAAUCGUGAACGAUGUAUCGGACAGUAUAGUUCUGGUAGAGCGGGGUGGUGAUUGCGAUUUCUUGGUAAAGGCUAAAAUGGCUGAGGAAGCCAAAGCUGUGGCUUUCGUUGUUAAAGACAAUGUGGAUGGGCCGUUAAUUAUUAUGAACGCUCCCGUGGGUGAGGGUUGUGAUACGAUCAAGAUUCCCGCUGCUUUUGUGUCAAAGGCGGACGGCAAUAUCCUGUCAGCGUUAAGUGAAACCAAAAACCGACUCUCUGCAGGAGACCUGACGAUAGUGUCCGGUAGUCGGUCUGGCGUACGCGCGACUCUAUACCCCAGCUUCUUUCUGGACUCAGUUGCCUCUUUUAUCCUACCGUUUCUACUGAUGUUUGCCACAUCGUCACUGUUGUUUGCUACGUAUAGUCUAUAUUUGAGACAUGCGCGAGCGAAUUUUCAUGCAAUUUCAACCCUGACAGAGGAAGAGUGUGCCAGAAUUCCGACCCACUCGCACAAAGCUGUCAAUUUCGGAGACACUUGCACGAUUUGCCUGGAAGAUUUCACGGCGGAUGAGCAGCUUCGGGUGUUACCCUGCAAUCAUGAAUUCCACGUUGAGUGUGUCGACCGAUGGCUGAUUAAUCAAAAGAAAACAUGUCCUGUCUGUAAGUGUGACGCUCUGAAUGGAGAGAAACACCCACUCCUUGCUGGUCAGCUAAAUGAUGAUGUUGCCGUGGAAGUCGCCGCACCCGUGACGAACGCCAGUGCUACAACUUUAAGUGCGGCGGACGAUACCGGCAGGCCAAAUCAACCAUGAAAUCAUGACCAUAGUCCGCCCCUUCACGCCUGUCUUCCCUCGAAAAUAGACCAUCAAGCUAUGGACAGUAUGUGCAUUAGUCCGCACGCUUCACGCCUCUCUUUCCUCGAGAAUUGAUCAUCAUCAAGCUGUAGACCGUGUGUGCAUUUGUCUGCAGUGUACGUACACAUCACACACUAGAAGUUUAUACCAGGUAGAGCGACAGUAGUUCGAGAGCGCCCUGUGAUAGCUUGGGAAGUAGAUUCUAAGACAGUACUUUCUACAUAGAUUCGAGUUAUCUUAACGGCGUGUGAUGUGCCCCACGGUAAAGUAUACUACUGGGUGUCUAGCACUGCACCUUUAGCGUCAGCUCCAAAUUGAUCUCCGAAAAAAGAAAAUGAGGAUGUGUCAUCAAAACAAAUAGCUCGUGAUCUAUCGAGUAUGUGCCCAACCUUUGUUCUAAACAGGACGUUUCCUGGAUAAUAAACACUACAAUUUGUUGAC